AUGGAUUUGCUCAGCAAAAGCUUCAGGCUCGAGAGAGGAUCAUCGCUGAAAAGGCUUGGAAGAUCAAACAGCUCUCAUCUGGCUUCGGAAUUGGCGUUUUCUUCUGAGAUUGCUAGAAUUACUGCAUAUGAGCGGCUUUCUCAGUCUAUGAGGUUUACCGGCGAGUCUAGCGGCAGUAGGCGGAGGAAGAACAGAGCAUUGGUGUUGUUGAGUAAGAUCUUCUGUUGGAAGAAAAUAGGCGGCGAUGAGAAAAAAGGGCAGGGUGCGGUGGAGACCAGGGCCAAGCCGACGACGCAAGUGGUGCCGGAGGAGUCGGACAUGAAGAAGAAAAGGCAGUCAUCAUGGCUUCCUGGUCCUCACCGGCGAUGGCCUGUUCAAGGACGGUGA